UUUAAUCUGUACAACUUCCUGUUCCACCCUCUUUCAAGGAUUCGACCAAUGGAAAAUCACGCUUCCAAGAAAAGGCGGGGCAUUUUAAAACUGGCAAGAUUCCGAGCCAAUCAGCACUUGUUCUCCGAGCCGGGCAUGGAAUACCACACUAGUUGCGAUCUACACAUGUGGCUUCAAUGUUCCUGCUAAGACAAACUUGAGCAGCGAUAGAGCUAAAGUUUAUUCUAGCACGUCUUUUGUCACAUUUCACAAUGUCGUCAUUUUUCAUUAAGACAAAAGGGAAUCCUAAAACGACCAAAAAAGGCAAAGAAACAGCAGCGGUUAAGCGGAAGGCUGAUGGAGAUUCAGGAGCACAGAGCAAAAUACGAGCAAAGAAAUCCAGCAGCAAAUACAAUGAAGAGAUUUCCAGUGACUCAGAGGUGGAAAGUCCUAACGAAUCCAAGAAAAGGCAGGCCAAAGACGAGAUUGAGUUUGAGGAAACUCCACAGGAGAAGAAGCUCAGAUUAGCCAAACUUUAUCUUGAACAACUAAAAGAAGAAGAGGAAAAGAAAGCUGAGGAUGAGUCAUUUGAGGCAGAUCUGAUAGCUGGACGGCUUCAAGAAGAAGUGCUUGAACAGAAAGGGAAGCUCCAGCGUCUUAUAGCCAAAGAUUUGAUGGCACCAGAUGCUUCAGAGAUCAGAUUGCUAAGAGGUCACAAACUACCGAUUACGUGUCUGGUUAUAACUCCUGAUGACAGAUGUAUCUUCUCAGCUGCCAAAGAUUGCUCCAUAAUUAAAUGGGAUGUUGAAAAUGGGAAGAAGCUCCAUACAAUACACGGUGGAAGAAAAGGUACAGAAGACCGCCAUGUUGGACACACAGCUCACGUCCUGUGUAUGGCCAUAUCAUCCGAUGGGAAAUACCUGGCCACAGGAGACAUGAACAAUCUGAUAAUGAUUUGGGAGGGAGAAACGUGUAAACAUCUGCAUAAAUUUACAGGACACAAAGGCCCGGUGUCGGGUCUUUCAUUCAGGAAGGGAACUCAUGAACUGUACAGCGCCUCUCACGACCGCUCAGUCAAGGUGUGGAAUGUAGAUGAGAACGCAUACGUGGAAACUCUAUUCGGCCAUCAGGAUGUGAUCACCGGACUGGACAGUCUGAGCCGUGAGCGCUGCGUCACUGCAGGUGGGCGGGACGGCACCGUCAGAGUGUGGAAGAUAGCAGAGGAGUCGCAGCUGGUGUUCCACGGACAUGAAGGUUCGAUUGAUUGUGUCCAGCUCAUAAAUGAGGAGCACAUGAUAACAGGAGCAGAUGACGGCUCAGUGUCUCUUUGGAGCGUCAACAAGAAGAAGCCUCUCGGCACGGUGAAGCGGGCUCACGGCUGCCGUGGCGAGCCGGGGCUGGAGCAGCCUCAUUGGGUGUCCUCAGUGGCAGCGCUUCACAAUUCGGAUACUGUAGCCUCAGGUGCCUCUGGCUGUUCUCACAACUCCCAGGUGAAUGUGUGGAAAUGUGGCCACAACUACCGUAGCCUGGAGCUUCUCUUUAGUGUGCCAGUGUCUGGUUUCAUCAACAGUCUGAAGUUUUCGAGCGCUGGGCAGUUCUUGGUGGCUGGUGUCGGACAGGAGCACAGAUUGGGACGAUGGUGGAGAUUGAAAGAAGCCAAAAAUGGGAUUUAUAUCAUUCCUCUAAAAAGAAAACCAUCAAAUCCAGAAGAAGCAAAACAGACAGAAUAAAGACCUUUUUUUGUAAAUUAAAUGUUUCAAACCUACAGUAAAUGUCUUUG